UAAGUACAACAAAAUACUAGUUAUUAUUGGUGGUAUCAGAUACAGAUAUCGGAUAGUAUCUUUGUGUACAUUUAAUCUCAACCGUAUGUAACAUUAGUGGAGCUCGUGAUCAAAGAGUAGUAUAUAUUACUCUUUGCUCGUGAACCUUUCGACCUCUAGAUUUUAUAUUAAACCUGUUUGUUAUUGUUAUACAUUCAAAAUGACUUUUUGGACACUACGAAAGAUAGUAUUAUGUUCUGGAGGCUUUGGUUUGGCCACCUACAACCUGGUUUGGUCCGAUCAUCAAUUAUUAACAACAGAGAAACUAUCUGCAGAAGCCAAGCGACCUGCUCAUUUGAAAAUGAUCUCAAAAAAAGGUCUACCAUCACGGGCAGAUCACAUAAAAGCGCUUAAAGAAACUCCUGAAUAUGAUGUACUAGUUGUUGGUGGAGGUGCAACCGGUUCUGGAGUCGCUUUAGAUGCAGUUACAAGAGGAUUGAAGACAGCUCUAGUCGAAAUGGAUGACUUCUCAUCGGGAACCAGUAGUCGAUCAACCAAACUAAUCCACGGAGGUGUUCGAUAUCUCCAAAAGGCUAUUCUUAAACUUGAUUAUGAUCAAUACAGAAUGGUUAAAGAAGCUCUCCAUGAGCGGGCAAAUCUACUUGAGAUUGCACCUCAUCUUUCUUAUCCAUUUCCAAUCAUGUUACCAGUUUAUCAUUGGUGGCAAAUCCCUUAUUUUUGGGUUGGAAUAAAGGCUUACGAUUUCGUUGCUGGUAGUAAAAAUGUCAAAUCGAGUUAUUAUCUUUCAAAGAAAAAGGCACUCGAACAUUUCCCAAUGUUAAAGAAAGAGAAACUUUGUGGAGCGAUUGUCUACUAUGAUGGUCAACACAACGACGCUAGAAUGAACUUGGCAUUGAUUUUAACUGCUGUUCGUUAUGGGGCAAACUGUGCUAACCAUGUAGGAGUAACAGAAUUGAUUAAAGAUGAAAAUGGCCAGCUCUGUGGGGCUAAACUUAAAGAUAACUUAACUGGAGAAGAAUGGCCAGUAAAAGCUAAAGUCAUCAUUAAUGCAACUGGUCCUUUCACUGAUUCAAUCAGAAGAAUGGAUAAUCCAGACCAAAGAUUAAUUUGUCAACCAUCAGCCGGUGUACAUAUUACUUUACCAGGUUACUAUUCACCUGAUAGUAUGGGUCUAUUGGAUCCAGCAACUUCAGAUGGGCGAGUUAUCUUCUUCCUUCCUUGGCAAAAGUUUACAAUCGCUGGAACAACUGAUACUCCAUGUGAAGUGAGUACGAAUCCAUCGCCAUCAGAAGCCGAUAUCCAAUUCAUUCUUCAAGAAAUAAAAAAGUAUCUCAACAGCGAUGUCAAUGUUAGACGAGGAGACGUCAUGUCAGCUUGGUCAGGAAUUCGUCCUUUAGUUUUAGAUCCAUCUAAAGGUAAUACUGAGUCCAUUGCUCGUAACCAUAUUAUUGAUAUCAGUGAAAGUGGUUUAAUCACAAUUGCUGGCGGUAAAUGGACAACAUACCGAUCCAUGGCAGCGGAAACAAUUGAUGCAGCAGUCAAAAAAUUCCCUGAUCGACUGAAACCAUUAUCCGAGUCUCAAACUGAUGGUCUUUUGUUAGAAGGAGGCGAUGAAUGGACACCAACCAUGUUCAUCAGACUUGUCCAAGAUUAUGGUAUAGAGCCAGAGGUUGCCAACCAUUUGGCCAACACUUAUGGAGACAGAGCUUUCGCUGUCGCUAAAUUGGCUGAGUUGACAGGCAGAAGAUGGCCAGUUGUUGGAAAUCGAUUACAUCCAGAGUUUCCAUAUAUUGCUGCUGAAGUUCGGUUCGCUAUUAGAGAAUAUGCUUGCAAUGCUGUUGAUGUUAUUGCUCGUCGACUUCGACUUUCUUUUCUUAAUGUAGAAGCCGCUGAAGAAGUGCUUCCCAAAAUUAUUGAGAUCAUGUCUCAAGAACUUAAAUGGAGCAAGAAAGAAGCUCAAGCUCAAUAUGACAAAGCUAUUGAAUUUCUUCAUACAGAAAUGGGCAAAAAUGCUAACAAACAAGUUAAAAUGGUUUCACCGUUGUCCUUGUCAGCUACUGAGAUCAAUAAAUACACUUCUCAAUUCCAUUCAAUGGAUAAAGAAAAGAAAGGUUACAUUACUAUUAACGAUUUAAGACGUAGUUUCAAAGCUCUAGGACAGAAAGUUUCGGACGAAGAGUUACACGUAUUGUUAAGUGAAGUUGAUGUCAACAAAAAUGGUCAAGUUGAAUUGGGCGAAUAUUUAUGGCUGAUUAGCGCAUUGAAGAGCGGAGAUGUUGCCACCAGCGUUUUCGCUGCAGCAGUUGAACUUGAACAUCAAAGAGAGACUGGCUAUAAGCAAAUAUCGGUCGAAAGAAGUGGCGGAGGAGUGUAAAUUUACUUAUUUAACAAUUGUUUUUUCGUUUAUUCACACCUUUUAGAACUGAUGAAGAUUGAAAUUCUUCGAAAGUUAUGAGGCUAAAUAAUGAAACCGGAGUUAUAAAACAAAUUACGAGAAAGUUGCCUAUGGUUAGCAUUAUCGAAGCUACCUGUCCACAAAAAUUAAUUUAAUUUCAUCAUUGCUUCAUAUUCAUUCAUGGAAAACUGGAAGAGCCUGAAUUUCAAUCGACACACUAAUUACUCUUUACUUUGGUUUUUGUUGCAAUUAUUUCAAUUAUUUUAUUAAUUUAAAAUUUUAAUCUUCAAGUCUAAUGCACUCUAGAGAUCAUCGAAUAAAUUUCAUUUUAGAAAUUGAAG